UAGGUAUUCAACGCCGUUCACUUCCACGUCGAGCCACGAAAAAUAUUUUUUACAACAGGCCAAAAGAAACGCCAACCCGGAGGUCAUCAACUCGACAGUCAAAAGAAGAAUUUAAAGGACGAGAUAUUGUGUUUGUCGAUCCAUUAGAUUUAAAAGCGAAAUUUUGGUGGCCGGCAAUGAUAGUUCCAAAUGACGAGAUUGACGAAACAAUGGAUGUUGAUGGCAAACUUGAAGUUCAUUUACUCGCGCGCAAAUUCCUUGUUAGGUAUUUUGAAGACAUGACUUAUUCAGUAGUAGAAGCUAAAGGAUUACGUCAUUUUAGGAUAGAUGGGGAACCUUAUCAAUCAUUUGUAAAAGUAGAAGGAUUUUCUGUUCAUAUUGGAGUUCGGAGAGCACUGAAAUGCAUUCAAAAAGGAGAACCACUAAAAGCGUUCAGAUGGGACUAUUGGAAGCGACCAGCCUCACUCGAAAACGGUGAAAAUAAUUCGUCACAAUCUUCUGUAAGGAGACAUAAAGCUAGUGUACCUUCAUCAUCGAAAAGAAUAGAGGUUCCAAUAAAUAUGUUUGGUGAACAUUCUACUACAACUUCAGAAGGGAACAUACAAAAUAAAGGUAGAACAACUAAAAGGAGCACGUUAUCAAGCCGUCAUGCGUCACAAUUGACAGAGGAAAGUACAUCCGGAUCUCCAGCAUCGGGAAUGGAUAUAGAUUCCGAAACUGUUAGUCCUACUAGGCGGAAUUCAUCUUUAUCUAACGGUCGGAAUUCACGGAGUAAUGUUUCACGUAAGAAUUCAAUCGUAAAAAACUCCGACGAAGAUGAAUUACCGAACAAAAAAAUACCGAAACGACGGCGUAGUACAGCUAGUGAAACAUCUGAUGGUAAGCGACGUCGUAAUGUGGUAAGCGAGAAUACGGAUAAAUAUGAAGAGAAAUCAGUUCGUAGUACUUCUAGUGAUAAAUCUGAAAGCAAACGUCGUUGUAGUGUUGGAAGUGAUAAAUCUGAUAGAUCUGACAGGUCUUACCAAGCAAGCAAUAAUUAUCGAACAAAUCGGACGCCAAGUCGGAAAAAUAAUCAUAGUUCAUCUGUGGCAGAAUCAAUGGACCAAGACGUUUCUACUACAGUUACAUCACCAAUUUCUCUUGGAGUCGAAUCCACAGUUGUUGAUGAACCAUCGGAGAUCACAGAAGUCAUACCUUCAGUAAAUAGCCCAAUUGAGCAGUCCGAAGAGCCAAUAGAAAUUAUGGAAGAGGAAUCAUCAUUUAAAUUAAACAAACAAGAAGAACUUUCAAUAUCUGAAUUAAGUGAUGAAGCGAAAGAUAAUAUUGCACGAUUUAAUUUUGAUAACCCGACACUAGAUAAAGAAUCAAAAGCGAACCUGUUUAUAGAAGGUAUAAAAGAACUGAAAGAACUCUGGCGAGACUAUCGAGAAUCGAAACGGCAAAUGAAAAAGAUUGAAACUGAAUUACGUCUUAAAAAAUUAGCAGAGUUAAGAGGUACAAAUGCUCUUAUUGAUGAUGAUGAAAUCUGCGAUGGAUGUGAAGAAA